AUGACUGAAGGUAAGGUUUCUUCUUCAGAUGCUUUUUCUCCGCGAUCAAAGAAGGCUUCCGCGGCCGAAGAUACACUUCAAAACGGAGACAUGGAUGGAGCAGGCGACAUUAGAACGUUCGAAUUUGAUGAGUGCUCGGGAGAUUUUGGAGUCGUCCUUGAAAAUAAAGAUCCUUGCAGCCCAAGCCGUGCAAGAACUGCUUUGGGAAAUAUACGAAUCGCUGAUUUAUUGCCGGAUAGUAGAGCAAAACGGGAUGGAAUGUUGGAAGUUGGAGAUAGAGUAAUGGAAAUAAAUGGACGCGAUCUAUCUAAAGCAAGCCUGGAGCGAGCAAGGUAAAACUCGUAAUGUUCAUCAAAGUUUAUAAAAAAACCGCAACAGGUACUUUUUUCAGGUAAGGAAGCGUAAAUGAAUUAACACCGUCAUAGUCUGGCCUGUUUACAAAGCUGUAUUCAAAAGUUUGUAUCAUCUAUAACCAUUUCUCCCUUGGGUGUACUAUUAGAAUCUGAAAUCAGCGAUUUAGGGCCAUUGCGCUUUAUCAGAAUGCAAUCUUGCGAAUUGUCCGACAUUAAAUCAUUUAUUCACUGAACUUAAACGCCAGAAUAUCAGUACCAAUGGUGGUGUAGAGGAUGAUUGUCUGUUGUUUUGAAAUAGGGAUCGUUUUAGCGCCAUUUAUUUGUGUUGUAUUGGCUUGCAUUGUGUGACCUCUUUGUUUACGUUUUUUAUCGCAAACCGAGUAAGGUGUUUCUGUCUCGGCAUACUUUUCUCGGCAUUUGCGUUCAACGCGUGAUAAGAACUAGACUACAAAGAAGGCUAUUAAUUAAUAAUUUCUUUUCUCCUUUCAAAUUCAGCCUUUAAAUAGUAAUUUCCAUAAGAGAAAUCACUGAAAUAGUGUCGCUAAAAUUAGAAAAGAUGAUUUUGUUGUGUAUUUCAUUUGCUAUUCACAAACAAUAUUUUUAAACGUCUCGGUUUUGAGAUAAGCUGAUAUUUGAAUUAUAAACGCGUAUUUAAUAUUAAUUUGAGUGAUUUGUUUCAGGUGGUACUUAGGAAGUGCAUUGAGGAGUGGAAAAUUAAAAAUGAAAGUUCUCCGUGGUCCUGCUGGGAGAAACAUUACACCUGUAAAGAAUGGUGUUGUUCCAAGACUUGAAAACAUUUCUGAGAGUUCUGGAUCUGUAAGUUAAAUGUAACAAAUUUUUAUUUUGACAUUCUCAAGUUUGACCCUACUAUCAAUAGGGUAGAAGAGUAAUUUUGUUUCAUUACUGUUAUAAAGGUCUGUUUUUAAAAAAAUUAUCUAAAGAUUGAUUUGAGGUUGAAAUACAACAGUCAACUUCAAUAAGAUUUUAAUUCCUUCUUUUCUACUGUGAAAUUUUUAAAAUUCUUUUGCAGAUCAAGAGCAGAAAAAUAAUUUACCAUUUAUCACCUGCAAUUAACAGAUUGGUGAAAGUGCUUGAUCUUAGAUAUUCAAAACAGAGAAUUUUAAAUAUUUUAAUCAGUCAAUUUUGAGAUGUGUUCUUCCUUCCAGCUUUAUACUAUUCCUAACUUUAGAUUUGAUAAAAGUAAUAACUGUUGAACAAGUAGUCUGAUUGUGCUUGUGGAAGAGGUGCUUAGAGGGAUUGUUGUUAGCAAUAGUGACUGAUGUUUUGACCUUAUUACCCACUAUAAUAGAGGCCUUUUUCUUGUUUACACUCGCCUGGACAAGCAGACUACACCAUCAACUGUUACCCCUGGGUCUAGAACAUUUAUUGGGAAAGUGCUAGCCUCAAACGUGUACUGUCAGUAAUAAGUGUCCCUAUGUUAUUGCUUACCCUGACUGAAAGCAGGAAUUAAUGUAACCUGUAACAGACUAGUGUCUCUUCAAGGGGUAAUUUUUUUUGGAUAUAGUCAUACUUAAGUCAAUAAAAAUGAGAUAUUGGCUCAUCAAGUGAGAAUGUGGAUAUUGCAGGCUAGUGAAGCCCAGUACUAUAUACAGAAUUUAACUUUCACUUAUUGUAACUUGUUACUACACUCACUUUGUAAUUGGUGCACAUGCAGGAAAAUAAUUGAUAUUCUGAGCAAUAACAAUAUUAGUAAAUUAAACAACAUCCUGUCAUUAAUAACUUAUUGCACCAAAUAAUUUAUGAAGUUAAAGCAAAGACAUAUUUUGCUGCCUAAAGUAUGGUAUACACUGUAUGCAGAUAUUUAAAGACUUCAAUAAAAUUACUGAAAAAUUGGGUACAUCCACAAACCUAAAACUAUUUCAUAUUUCCUUUAUCAUGUCUGAAAGUGAUAUGAAAUUUUUAUGUAAAACAACAAACGUUUUUAUUUUAGAUAAUUUAUUAUAUUGUUUUCAUGCCAUGCAUUUUUGACAAUUCUGUAAGAGUGUUGUAUACUUGAUAUUUUAUUUCAGAAAAAUAGAGUAAAGAAGAUACAUAUUUUAAAGGAUAGCCACGGACUUGGAGUACAAAUAUUGAUGAAACUCAACCAUGAAACAGGAGAGAAGGGUGUCUUUGUGUCUGAUGUGAGCCCUGGUGGAGCUGCAGCAAGGUACAGUAUUUCACUUGUAUUGAUUAAUGUAACUGUCAGUAGAGGUUUACAGUUUAAACCAAGUGUGGCAUGAGAUUCCAAAAGUUAAUUGACUUUUUAAACUUUUAUAGUAAUUCAAAUUUUACAUUCAUUUGUGCAUGAUUUUUAGGUUUGACACUAAGAGAGUACAAUUUUUCUAUAAUUUAUCAGAUUAACAAAAAAAUCAACCUUUUUUUUACAGAGAAACCUUCAAUUGACAUGUUGAUAUCAAAAUUAAGCAUGGUAACUGUUAGUUGAGCUUGUUUUGGAAAAUGAUGGGGUAAAUUUACCAUCCAGUAAUUAAAGAUUUACAGGAAUUCAGAGUUUUAAAUUUGAUUUCAGCAACUUCAUUUUUCAAAGAAUUGAUUGCAAAGUAUUCAAACCUGACCUUGACUUAGUUCAAGCACAAAGUUAAGACGUCAUUGUUUCAUGAUGAUGUACUCAAUAUUUUUAUAUUAAUCAGAAAAUACUUAGUUGCAUGUAAAUCAGUGUUAUGUAGUAUAAAUAAACAGUCUUGGAUUCUUGCAGAUGCAAUAUUUCAAAUUUCGAAUCAAGAUAACAAAUCAGUGACAGCCAAGACAAAAAACUAAAUAGACUAAGAACUAAAUAUCUUAAAACUAAAUGUCUAAAAACCAAAUUCAAUAGUGCAUGCGCUUACAACCCAAUAAUUUAGGUAAGAAUGGAGGCCAGAUUUAAAGCAGUUUAACCCUAAAAAAUUAACCCUCUGAUAUUUAUCAUUUGUAUUAUAUUUCUUUCCACAAAUGUAAAUUUAAGUAAACAACAGGGGUAGAAGUUGAGAUUUACACAUUGCAUUACAUACAAAUGAUAACUACCCGAGCUGCAUUUGAGUCAUACAAAUAGUUAAAAUUAUAUAUUAUUGUAAAGUAAGGAAAAUAGAUGCCUUAUUUUAUAGAUGUUAUAUAUAGUUAUAGAUAGUAGUUUGUAUUUUCCUUUUUUCCUUUUUUUCAAGAUGAACUACUAUCAUUCUUAAAUAGGUCUGGAUAGAAGUAGAUAUGUAAUGACUUUAAGAAAAUUAACGACACUUUUAUGAUAACAAAAAACAUAUUUCAACAGUUCUUCUGUCAUUUUCAGUUUGGAAUAAUACAAAGUACAAAUUAAGUUGAAUUUAAAGUGUGUAACAAAAUGCUGAUUGGACAAAACAAACAACAGAAACAGAACAAUAUGUGCAUUACAAGGAAAAUUUUAAGUUAACAUGAUAAAGUUGGUGAAUUGAAUGGGAGAAAUCUGCUUUUAAUCACCAAAUUUUAAUCUUUUAAGUGUCAUCAAUUUUCUUAAAGUCAUUCUUAAUAGAGAAAAACAAAAAUCAACCUAGUUUUAAAUAAUUCCAAGAGGAAUUGUUUUUUAAAUCCACAACAUUAAUCUGAGUAAAUGAUCAACUUUAAUGAUAUUACUAAAAAAGAAAGUUUAAUUUUAACUGAAAAUUGAUUUCUUUGUAUAUAGGGAUGGUCGCCUUAAAGAGGGUGAUGAGCUGUUAUGGAUCAAUGGCCACAGCUUAAUAGGAGUAACACAACAGGAGGCUGUUGACUUACUAAGAGCAUCACCAAAGCUGAUUCAACUAGUCAUUUCAACUCAGGUAACAAACAACAUUCUCAGGAAAAGUUCCUUGGCAGAGAGACUCUGUAUUAAGUAUGAUGUAAUCUGAAUGCUGCAAACCAUUAUCACAAGUGCUAAAGUUUUAUUUCUAUUUUCUCAAAGGUAAGGGGGUCUACUUUGGAGAAGAAGGCAAUGGCGUCAAGAUUGAAAAAAAGUUCUUUGGAUAAUUUAUCAGAUAGAGCUGGAAUGCAGGGUUCAAAAAGCCUUCCUCAAGCAAAAUCUGCAGAAAGUUUAGUGCAGAAAGGAAGAAAAAUGUCCUCUGAUCACAUGGGAAAGAAAAUCAAGGAAGCAGAUAAAAAGUUUGAAAAAGGGACCACAAAGUCACAAGAUAAAGUUUUGCAACAAUCAAUGGAAAGUAGUCCUUCAAAAAUAGUAGAAAAUUUAAAUCCACAGAAAGAUAAUCAAAUUGAAGAAACAGACUUACAGGAUAAGUCACAUAAUGAAGGAAAUCAUGCUCUGUUAAACGGAAAUGAACAAGAGCUGAUUAAUGGCAGACACUGGUCUUCCUCAUCGGAUGGUUCUAAUGGACAAGAAAAGUCAGACACAAAGGAUGUCUUACUUUCAAAAGGAGAAGAAAGUUUAGAAAGUGAGCCAGUUACUUUAGAGGAUAAACCACUCUCCAAGGGGUCUUCAACAAAAUCUUUACUAGGAAAGCUACCAUCUCUAUCCCCUCCAAUUAUAGAUGCCUCAAAAAAGAGAAAUUCAUCAAACCUUUUCUUGAAUAAUUCACCUCCUAAAGAAAAACCUACAAAAAGCAGAAUGUGCCUAGAACCUGGUCAAAUUUCACCUUCCCUGCCAAGACCUCAGUCUCCAGGAGGUAUGGGAAUUGCUUUCUCUGCACGAUAUCUGGGGGAUCCCCCUGCUAAUGUAAUGACUAAAGCUAUGCCCACACCCCGAAAUUUUGUGGGUAGUAAUGAUCGGGACUCGCCGCAAGCAAAGAAAAAGGGGAGUAAUGAGACCUCACCAAGAAGAACCAGUAAAACCAUGAAAGAGGAAGUUGUUACCAUUGUUCUGGUAAAGGGAAUGAAUGGAAAAGGUCUUGGGUUCACUAUUGUUGGAGGAAAAGGCUCACCUCAUGGUGAUAUGGCUGUGCAUGUACGGAAUAUUCUCCCUGGUGGAGCAGCAGAAGCUGAUGGAAGGAUGAGAAAAGGUAACUUGUUAUUCAUUCUCAAAGAGGAAUUUUUAGAAAAUUGGAUUUUAAAGUAAUUUUCAAAUUCUCACCCCAACAACUUUGGAAGGUUAUUCAAAUACUGUUACAGUAUAAUUUUGUUUUUUAUUUCACCCUUUAACUCCCAUGAGUGACCAAGACAGAAUUUCUCCUUACAAUAUCAAUACAAUAUCAACCAGAUAAGUGAUGAGAAUAAAGAAAAUAUAUCAAUUUGGAGAUAAUUAGUUGAUCCAAUACUAAAUUCUCCAAACUAAAAUUAUAAGAAUUGUUUUGCUGACAGUAAGGAAAAUUACAAAUUUGAUCUGGGAGUUAAAGAGUUCAAUUAAUAAUCUGCCUACCAAAUUAAUCUUUUUUGUUUAUUGCUAUCAAAUCAAAGGUGAUGAGGUGUUAUCAGUCAAUGAAACAUCUUUUGAAGGGUUCACUCAUCAACAAGCCCUGGACACCUUUAAGGUAAAGAAUGAAAUAGAGUUUAAAUCUUUCAGAGGUCAAAACAGGCAAGUUUUGACCCUUUCACUCCUAGAGGUGACCAAAACAGAAUUCUUUCGAUAUCACUACAUUUUCAAGCAGAAAGGUGACCAGACAAAGAAAAACUGUCAACUAGUGGAUACUGUUUGAUUUGAUAUCAGAUUUUUUUAGCUAAGGUUUUGAGAAAUGUUUUCUCGACAGUGUGGAAAUUGAGAUUGAGCCCUUUGGAGUGAACAGCUUAAGAGGUUACUCUCAAAUGCUUGAACUCAUCUGUGAUUAUUUUGGGUUGUAUAACCAGUGUAAGUUGAUAGAAUUCUCAGAAUACAGGAGAGAUUUGAUAAAAAAUUAAAAGAUUAUAACAUGAUUACUUAAUUUGUCCCAUACCCAGUAAUUAUAGCAACACAAAAAGUAGAUUUAAGCUAGUUCAUCACGUUGUGUUAAUGAAGGUAAUUACAAAUAACAAAAUGAUUUUUUUUCUGUUAAUCAAUAGCUUAAAAGUUGAUAUUAUAUCGUUCUGUUUGAGAGAGAUGAUUUAUCUGACUUUAGGAAAGGUUGAGAGAAUUUUUUGUUAAUUUUAGCUGACAAAAUACUACCUUUUUGUCUAUUUAAAGACAAAUCAAGAAUUAUUUUUGCUAAACACUUGCUAGAAUUGUUUCUGAUAAAUGUUUAAACUUCAAACAUUGUUAUGAGUUUCUGAAGAUUACUUUUAUUAUUGAAUUGAAUUCACUAAUAAAAUUAAGUGUUUAUCAAAUAUUUCACUUAUUUAAAAAUGUUAGGCCAAGUUUGUUAUUUUCCAAAUUUAUCAGCCCAAAGUUGACAUGAUAUUGGAAAAAAUAAAUUUAAACUAUCUGUUCUUCAUAGCCAAAAGUAAGUUUGAAAAUCAGCAAGAAGCAACUUUAUUUUACUACAAUUGGAAAACUUUAUAUUGAUGAAAAGUAACCUUAUCAUCCCCCCAAAAAGUACUGAUUUGUUCAAAUUCUCUUAUCUCUGAAUCCAAGUUAAUCAUUUUCACAUGUAAUGUAAACUCAAGUAAGUAUUGCUUACUCACAAAUUUGAUUUGAUAUAUCUUCUUAUGUUUGGGGAUAAAUUUACAUGAAAAUUGCUGGCUAUUGUUCACAAUUCCAACAAAAUAAAGUCAUUUGUUUGUUCCUGGAGAAAAAUAAAUUCUCCAUGGCUUAAUUGAAUCCAUUACUACAAUAGGUAAUGUGUGAAAUUGUCUCUUUAAUUAAAAUAGAAAGUUAAAAAAAUAACUGUGAAAAUCUGGGGAUUUGAGCACAGCUAAAAUAUUUGACAAAUCACUUAUUCUUUAUGUUCAAUGACACAAGACAUCUUUCUGAUUGUGGGCUUUCAAAUGCUUCUAUUUAUGAUUAAAUAUUAAACAGUACAAUGUUCACCUGCCCCUGGGUUAUUGAUCAAGUGCUUUAUCAAAGCAAACAAAAGAAUAUUGCUAACACAGAUUGAACACAGAGGAAAACUUAAUCAAUUCAUUCAGGGUCACAGUUCAAAAUCCUCACUGUUGAGAAUUUGUGUCAAAAAUAUACCAUUUUUUGCAACUUUGUUCUAACUUUCAAUUGGCAAUUCAAGUUCAAAUUGUAGGAGAAUAAAAUAGUUCCUAUUUUAAGCUUCUCAAUCUGUUGAGCUAUCCAUUACUAAAGUUUACUCACCAGGUGAAAGUUAUACAAUAUUCUCUGUAGCACUAAAUAGUAUCCUUGGUCUGUAGAAUCUUCGCAGAGGAAUUGUAACUUUGAAAGUUCGGAGAAACAGUCCUGGAGCUCCAACUGUAUCAACAUUUACAACACCCAGAAAUUCGCCAGGAAGAUCUCGUCGAAACAGCAGAGAUGUGACAGCAGAGUCAACCAGCUCCAGCAAUUCAUCGUCUCCAACAAUGUUUCGAAAGCUGCGUCAGAAACGAAGCCAGAAAGACAAGAUCAAUGAAAUUGUUCUUUAUAAAGGUGUGUACGAAUUUUUGUUUUUGUCUGCAUAUCCUUUAGUACUUGUGAAUUUACAGUUUUGUUGAAGAUAACUUGUGAUUUGUGAUCCAAGCUUCCACAAAAUAAUUGUGUUAUUGUGUUUUAAUUCCUCAACACUUUCAACAAGAAUAACUUAUUCUUUAGACCUUUAAUUAUUAUUUUAAAAAACAUCUAUAAAUUAGUUCCAAAAUUAUACACAUUUAAGUUUCAUUCCAUGGUUGAUAAUUUCUCUGAAGGAUAUUAGUCUAAAUGCUCUGUGAGAGAUUUAAAUUUAGUAAUUAUAGGUUAGCCACAGAUUGUUUGUUGUAUCAGAAAUAAUCAUUGAAAUGAUUAUGAAAGAACAAAAUUUUAUGUCCAGUUCUAAAAUUUUUGACUGAUAAUUGGUUCAUAAAUAUUUUGUUGGAAAAUAUUCUGUUAAAGGGGUAAUUGAUAGAUAUAUUUUUCUCAGUUUAUGAUAAUUAUAUUAUUCAAGAGCAAGGUCAAACUUCACGGGGCAUUAUCUAAGCAUGUAAGACAAUGAUUUAUUAUGAGCACACACAAAAAAAUUGUCACUUUUGAAAUCACCUCACUAGAGAUUAUCAUUAGUACCUAUCACUAAGCUUGUUUUCUUGGUCUGUACUUUGAGUUACAGAGCAAGUGUUCCCACUUGGAUUUAUGGCCCAAGCCCGAUGCACAUGGGUUAUAAAUCAGGGAGAAAAAGGCAAAUUUCUGUACUUUACAGUAUUUCUGAAUUUAGAGGGCUUUACAGUGAAAUGCAGCCCACUAAAUUGACCAAUCAUAAUGCACAUACAAACUGAAAGAUAUACUUAGAAUUAUAUUAUUAGGCAAUCAAGACUAAAGAAUUUGCUGAAUAAAGUUUGAUUCAGAUGUAGAGGACAUUCCCCUGUAUUUCAUUUUUGUUCAUGAAGUAAACUUGUUCUGCCCUACAAUUAUCAGAAGAACAUAGGCCAUACUACUUUGAAGUAGCGCCCAAUAAUAAUGAGGCAUGUAAUGCCCUUAGAACCAAAUUCAUUUAUUUGUUCAGAGGCUUGUGAAUCAGUUGAUCUUAUUUGGGCUUACAGAACCUGGAAGCAGCCUGGGAAUUGGUCUGGGAGAACAACAUCCAUCAACUCAGAUACCUGGAAUCUUUGUUCAAUGCAUUAUUCAAGGAACACCGGCAGAUAAUGAUGGGAGAUUGAGGUGAAUUGUCUAUUUGUUUUAACUGAACCCUCCAUUGACAUCAGCAGAAGGUCAGCUACUUAAAUCAGGCAAAACAAUAAAAUAUUUGUCUUGAUCUGUGACAAAUCUCAACCUUUUGCUGGUUACUGUUUUUUUUUCCUAUGGCUGGCUGAAAAUAACUUUGGAAAAAACCGUAACAUAACACCUUAAUUGGGUAUUUCCUGAUGGUGUUAACUUAUAAUUAUUACAGUGCUCACAAUUUGAAGUUUCCUCAAUUCUUUUUUAUUUUCAUUUACAGAAAAGGUGAUCAACUCCUUGAAGUUAAUGACAAGAAACUAGAAGGACUGUCAGUUGAAAAUAUAUACAACAUUCUGGAUAAAACUCCUCCAGGAAAAGUAUAUUUUAAAGUUGUGCAGAACAAUGCAUCUGACAAGUUACCUCUACAACUUAACGAUGAACUCACUAAGCUUCAAAGUGAGCGUCAGUUCCUGGAUAAAAAGAUGUCAGGGAAAUCAAAGAGUUCAGGAACUGCGUCAACACUCUCUGGUGCAUCCGAAAGCUCUGAGUCUUGUGGUGAGUGGUUUGAACCCUUUCACACCUAGAGUGACCAGCAUCAUAUUUCUCCUUAUAAUAUCAACCCUGAAUCAAACAUUAAGGUCAUGAGAAUAAAGGAAAUGAUCACCAACUAAGCAGCUUUUGCCUGUAAAGCUUGUUCACCUUGUCAGGACCCUGGGAAAUGUAUAGAGAACUGUAUGGAGAAUUUGCAUACUAAUGUUCUAGGGUGUGGAGGCUUUAAUCAGCGGAUGGUUUAUUAUUAGGCAAUUUAAGCCCUGAUCAACUGUUAGCUACAGAUGUACAAUAGUGCACUUUGCAUUUGAGUGUUGGAGAACCAAAGACAAGGUAAUCACAACUCAUAAAGAACGAAAAUACAUAAGGAGGCAGUGCAAACUCAAGGUGAAAACAAGUAAACUGCUGAAGGACAACAGUACCUAAAAUACUGUGAUCUAACCUCUGUAGAAUGUCUACUUAUAAAGGUUAUCCACGUUUUUGAACAUUAGAGUUACUACUAAGUCUUGCCAAUAAUCACAGAUGUGCAUGAGGCAUGCAUCAGAAGAUGGUACUCCUUUUGGAUGAGAACAUUUGUAACUAAUGGUCCAGCACAUGUUUUUCAUAUCCUGCUUAUCUGUAGGUUAUUCCCUUAAUUUACUUUUUCUUUGCAUUUCAUUUGUUUUUUACAUCUCAGACAAUUUUGCAAGUCUUUCCUCAUCUUGUGAUCUCCUCAUUCCACACUCUGUCGAACAAAACAAGAAAAAGAAGGUAAAUGUUUAAUGAAUGGUGAUUGUCUCUCUGAACCCUUAUUAUUGUCACUAAUUAGUAAAUUAUGACGUCUGUCUUAUAAGUUAUUGUUUCUCUUUACAGGGACCAAAAUACUUUACAAUAUAGUACUAUACAAAGCCUGAAAGGAAACAUGAACAUUUAGUAUUGAAACCUAGUUUUCCAGUUUAAUAUUUCUGUUCCAUUUUCCUAUCAGUCUCAAACAGUUCAAGAGUCAGACGACGAUGUUUUCACUCAUGAACCUGGUAAGACUUAUUUUGAAGGCACCUGAAGUAUUCAUCUUAAAAAAAUAAUUAACUUAGACAAACAUCUGUUGAAAUAAAGAUAAGUCACAUUUGAGGUUAUAACCUCUUCUUGGGAUAGGACCAGUAGCAUUUGUAACCAGAGAACAAAAUGGUGAAAGAAGGGAUAAUCAAAUUGAGUGCCAAGUGUGAUCACUGGUAUCACAACUGUUGUUCCCUGCAUUCCCUUUGCAUCUUCCCUCUUGUCUUCCCUUUAUAUGCCAACUAAACAGGUCAUAAGACCAGUUGCAAAAUAAUUUAUUUGUUUAUUAUUAAUGAUAUGAACUUUUUUCUGACCAUGUCGUGUUCAAUUAUUUAUUAUCACAGAUUCUGCCGAAUUUCUGGAAGACAUUUACACAAUUAUAAAGCAACCUACUGGUAAGCCAAGUCCUCAGAUAAACUUCGAAUAGAGAGGCUCAUCAAAACUUCCCAAGGAGAAUCUCAACUCACCGCUGUGGUUUUUUUCUUGGUAGGUGGACUGGGCAUGGGUGUCACAGUCGACAAGUCUCGUGGGAACACCAUAGCUGAGGGCGUGUCAAUUAAAAGUGUAACCGAAGGAGGAUCUGCUGCUUUGGCAAGAGGCUCUAGGGGAGUGGGGCUAAAACUCGGUAAGUAUGAUUCUUUUCAAUGAUUUCAUUGUCCAAAUUCCAAAAAUUACAAACUUAGAGAACUAUCUUCAGUAAACUACACGGCAUGAAAUUUUGUGCCCGUUAGUUUAAGAGCAGAUUUCUCUGGUACGUAGAAUUGAUACACCAAGGCUUCUACUUUUGGUAGGAUGUGUCCCUUGUAAAGAGGACUUGAACACAGACUAAAAUGAAAUUAUCUUCGGUUAGAUCAAUAUUUGUGACUCCUGAAUGGAAAAGGUCCCCAGGAUAAAAAUAGCCCUUGAAUAUAGUUGUCAUAAAGAGACCUUGAAAUGGAAAAGGAAAGAAAGCUUCCAACAUAACUUUAAGAUAAAGACUUGUAAGACAGUCCGAAACAGAUCCUAUACGUAAUUUGGUUUUAUCAACUGAAUUGAAAAUGUUAAUUAUCCACCGUAAAGGGUGUCUAAAGCUGACGUUUCGAGCGUGAGUAGAAAAGUUUACUGAUAAUAAGAUUUUUUAAGCAGGAGAUCAAAUUAUCGCAGUCAAUGGCACCCACCUCAGAGGAAUGGACCAAGAAGAUGUGAUCAAGAUCUUCAGAGAUCUACCAAGUUCAACACAAAUGAAAAUUAGAAGGUCCAAGAUGACUCUCCAGGGAAUGGACUCUAAUCAAAGAGCAAACAAGAGUAAUGAGCCAUCAGACAAAACUGUCCCACAAGACCUUACGCCUCUUCCCAAACCUCCGGAUAGUAAGCGAAGGUCGAGCCGGAGGGGUAAAGUUAAACCUGGGACACAGGAAGAAAGGUCACCGUCAUCUGACAAAACUGAUGAAGUACCAUUCUCCGGGCGUGUUCAGGCGAAACAGGAAAGCGAUACCCCACGUAAAGAACAUAUUGCAGAGAAAAAAGACCAUAAUGGAAUUAAAGAUGUAAGAAGCUCUGACGAACAGGAGAGAAGUAAGGAGAACGAAGAAGAAGAAGCACGAAGUACCAAAAAAUUACCGUUUAAAGAACAGAUUAGACCAGUCGCAGAUGUCAUCAGCACAAGCAAAUACUUGACAAAUAAGAAUUCAGAGAAAGUUAAGGACCAAUUGGGGGACAAUCUGAUAAUUCCGUCUGGCUACAGGAAAGUGGAAAUAAAGAUAAAGAAGGAAGUUAACUCCACACUUGGUCUUUCUUUGGUCCCAAGCUAUGGGAACCUUAAAGGAUAUUUCCAGGUAAUAGCAGUGAAACUGUUAUCAGUGUACAUGAUUGUUAAUGAUUUCGGAAGACAGGUGAUACUUACCAUGCUUCGUACUCUCACUGCCCAUAUUCAAUCAAAAAAACUGUGCGUGUGCAGCUUAACCGCUGUUUUAAGCCUUUAGCACUAACUAUUUUCUCUGUGAAUCCUGUUUUAUGUCCCGUACAUGUCCAUGGCUUUAAAAGAAAGUAGCAUCAAAUACGUAUGAUUUUGUUAGCUAAUGGCUUCGAAUUCGAGUUUUACAGCUAUAAAAAUGUAGAAGAAUUAAGGAAUCCAGAGCAAAGUGUUUCACGAAAAUAGUUAGCCUCCCAGUUAGAUCAGUGUUUUCCCCGCGAGUAAAGGUUGGUAUUUAAGGUAUGUUGUGGCCUUUUUCCAGAUUCGUAGACUACAAUCUGGUAUGGUGUGUGCUCAAGAUGGACAGCUACAAACUGGCGAUAAACUUGUUUCAGUAAAUGGCGUGUCCUUGAAGGGUGUCACUCACUCGAUGGCAUUGCAGUUGCUCAAGAAGCCAACCGAACUCGUCACGUUUGUGAUAUUACGGGAAGGAGAAGAUCCUCAGGAGAGAGUUUCAAGUCCUGUUAGUGAAUGGAAGUCCGAUUUAUCAUCUGGUCAAAAUUAUACUUUGGCUCAAGACAGCGGAAUACACGGUGAGCUAUCAUCGUCGUCGAGGAGAGAAGAGGCCAAAACGUUGCCCUGCGCGGAAAAAGCUGUAUCUCCUAGCAAGUCUCAGUGGAGCAGGGAAUUGAAAAAAUUAGAAAGUCGAGAUGAACCUCAUUCAAGAAGUAAUGAAGAUAGAAAUAUUGAAGAGGACAUACCAGAACUGCCUUCUUCACCGCCACCCCCGCCAUUACUGGAUGCAGACGAUCUUUUAGAGAACGAUCUGUCUAUUGCUCUUCCAUCGUUUUCUCCCCCUCCUCCACCAGUUCCACCACCAGUUGACGAUGUCUUGUCUUUAUCACCCAUUCCCGUUGUUUCUCCUCCGCCUGUUCUUAGUCCAAGAAUGAAGGAAUUCCUGGAGCAAGACCCCUUCAGGGCUGAUCGCCAUGAAAGCAACAACAUACAAGACGACGAGAUCUCACCAGAAUCCAGUAUUAGUCUUAACCAAGCUUGUUCCCGUGGUAAUAAAACGGGUACGGGUUGGGAUUUUCAGUCUUUGCUUGAUGCUUGCAACGAUUUGAAUACUAACAAAAACGAUGAUGAGUUUAUAUCUGGACAAACUACCAGCACAGAAGCUACGUCGUUGUCAGGAAAUUGCAAACCUGGUUUACCAUCAGAGACUAUGAAAACAAAGGACACUUUUUCAGAGAAAUUGUUGGAGACGAGUACAGGAUCUCCUGCAGAGGAAAGUGGCCACGAACAACAAAACCUGGAUUUGGAAAAACUUUCAGCUAAACCUAAAUUUGGAGUCGAUAAAGGUCUUCUUUCCCCGGUUAAAGGCCCCAAUACGAAGAAAAUGACAACGCCAUCUAUCAUUAAACGCAAAAUAGACGUUGAUGUGAAACCAGUUGCUGGUAGAAGAGAUGAGAAUGUUCCAUUUGCUAUUAUCUAUCAGAAGAAGUUUAGAAACCUUGGCUUUAAAGUGGACCUAACAGAGGAGGGGAAAGUCAUUGUGUCAGAUGUUUCAUCAUUUGGCCUAGUGGGAAAAGAUGGGAAUAUCAGGUAAGAAUAAUGAGAAACCGAAGAAGGACUGUUUAUCAUAAUUUGUUUUGUUUCAGAUGGCGUACUGUUUGCUGCUUGCUUUUCUCUGCUUACUUAAGACGUUUUUUUUUGCAGCAGGAACAAAGCAAAUUAAGAUAAAUCCCUUUACUUGCUUGCGAUAGGUGAAUAUGGUUUGUGAAUGCUCAAGGUAGAAAUAGAUAGUUUUAGGAUAUCGAUAAAUCACUGUACUGCGGAAAUUCACCCCUGCAUUAUAUCAUAUACUAGCACGUGUAGGUUACGAAAGCAUCUUGUCUGCUUUUCAUUUCAGGGUUGGAGAUUUUCUUUUGUCCAUUAACGAGACCCCCCUAGAAGGAAUGGCCUUUGAAGAUGUCCAAAAUAUGAUCAAGAACUGCCCAAGGGGAGAUGUGAGAAUUGUGGCCCAAGCCGGACCUAAACCACCGAAGCCGACAGAAUUACUUGAGGAGACAGUCUCAUCUCAGAAGGAAAAGGGUGAACUUGACGAGAUACCUGACAAAAUGAGCUCAGCAGACCGAGAAUCUGUACCAGAUGUUUUGUCAAGUGUGGCAGCCUACACACCUUGGGUGGACAUCUCUAGUGAGCUUAUCUCCCUGAAAACAUCAAAAACUUUUAGUGGACCAGUUUCAAACUUACCUACAACAAAUCAUAUACCAGAUACUGAAGAAAGUGUUACUUCUAUAACUCUGUCCCAAGAGCUAACUGAUGAGUUAAUUGCAACAGAAGGUUGCGAAGGCAGUGAACUGGAAGGAACUGAAUUUGAUGAUCUUCCUCCAUCUAGCCCUCCUCCACCAUUACCGACAGAUGACGCAGAAGAAGAAGAAGAUUAUUCAGGUGAAGUACCUGAACUGUUAACGGAAGACAUUGUAGAAAACGUAUCUUUGAACCCACCAGCCAAUUUUGAAGACUUUGUUGACGAAAAUCUUGAAUCUGCGUUAUCUUUCGACUCUGAAGUGGAGGAAGCAAACACAGUAGCACCACAGCCUCCGCAGCUAUUCAGUCAAGAUGCACAAUCACCCCCCUCAUAUCCUGUUCAGAAGAAGGAGUAUUUUAAUGGCAAUUCCGAUUUACCAUCCGAUUCACAAGAAAAGCAGAAACAGCUUACUGAGAACUUAAAACAACAGGCACCCAAGAAACCUCCUAGAUUGUUUGGAGAUAAUAUAGGAAACGAAAGCAUUCAUAAAGAAGAACCCUUGGAGCUCAUGAACAAUUCUUUUGUGCAAGAUGCAGCUGCUUUGGAGUCCCUGUCGUGGAAUGGACAGGAUAAAAGUCCAAUCAAGCCACCAAGUUUGUUUGAUGACGAGCUUGAAAGUCUCCCAAGCUUACCUAGUGGUCCUCCACCUCCUAAACCAAGAAGACAAGUUAUCAGUCAGGACACAGUUUCCUCGACUUCUUCGUCGCCACUUCUUUCUUGUUGGUUUGAUCGGGAAUCAUCAAGUCAUUUACCAAAUCUUGAAAGCACGAAUCUUAUGGCAGAAUCUGGAUUAUCUUCCCCCUCUCAUGAACAUACUUCCAUAUUUGGUAUACCAGAUGCUUUUAGUGACGCGCCUAUUCAGCUACUGGAUGAUUUAGAUGAUGACAUGUCGAGUCUUCCUCCUGCACCUCCACCACCUCGCUCUCAAGUCAACAUGUCAUCUAGCUGGUCUGUUGAAUCUGAUAAAUCGGUCCCGUCGUCAGGUGGAGAGGCACAACUUACACACAUCACCAGUCCUCUACCACACCCUGUCAAACCAGAACGAAAGAAUUCCAAGAAAAGGACAUUAUCCUUGCCAAUCAGAUCAAAAAGAGGAAGCAAAACAUCGGAGCAAUCUGGUUCCUCUGGCAAAGGCGAUGAACUCCACGAAUCACCAGCUUACCCAAGUCAGGUGGAUUUUGUUGCUCCUAUAACUGCAAGCGAUGAUAAUCAAGCCCAUUCAUUGACGCAUGAUGAGCCACCCGAAGAUGACAUGGAAAGCUUACCCCCAGCCCCUCCUCCACCGAGGAUUUCACCUCUCACAAUGGAAAGUUUGGAAAGUUUUGGAGAUGGUUUACAAGCUGUGAAAGUUAAAACCAGCCCAGGGCAUUCAGCCUCUGAAGAAGAUAAAGCCAAAUCAUCAUCUGUGCAUGCAUCUCAAUCCUCUCCAAAGAAAAAGAAGAAGUCUUUUCGAAGAAAUGUGAUAGAGAUGGAGGCUGAAGGAUCCAUACCUGAAUUUAGAGGCGUGUCCGUUAAAUUCCCUGUUGUACACGAGACAGACCACGCAGCAGACGGUUCCUUGAAGCGAGAUGUUACUCCUCCUGAAGAUGAAGUUGCGGUCACAGAUUCGUCUGAUGCAAUGUCCCCACCCCCUUUGCCUCCAGAAAUGGAGCUUUGGUCAGAGGCGGGAGCAGCAGAAGCAGAGCUUGCUUUCUUGGAUCAGAUAUUGACUCUAGAAGAUUUGUCACGCUCUGGCAGUGAGCAGGACAGUGAAGGAGGAAGCUCACCAUUCUCCAAGCCACCAUCAUUGUCCACGGAAAUGUCAAAUCUGGACACAAAAUCCUCACAAAGUAAGGAAGGAUCAACAGAUAAUACGUCACAAGAGACACAUGACCACACCUAUUCUAUGAUGUCAACGGAAGGCCUAGGCCAGACCAACAUCGCCUUUUCAUCACUAGAGGAAUCUUCAGACACGGGCUCUGGUGGAAUACCUGAUUUGGAACCCAUGAACUUAAGUUCGUCGAUCAAUUCAACAGAAGCAAAUCCAGAGUCAGAACUUCAUUAUCCUCCACUUGGUUUGAAAGGGCGAACAGAAAGCAACGCAACACAUUUCAAACCAAAAGAUAGGCUACUCAAGCAACCAACUGAAGGUGAAGAUUCGGCAGAGAAUUUCAUUAAGCAAAGGAGGCCAGCUCCUCCUAUCCCUUCAAGACCUCCUGGUAAGACGAGUGGCGCCCCUCGAAAAUCACUUCCAGGGGGUAUACCUGUGCUUCCCUCUAAGCCUGAUGUUAAACUUAGAGCAACUUCUCCGCCACAAGAAUCAACGCAGAAACUCAAGAAAGAACAAGAAAGACUAUCGUCUCCAGUGAAGGAGAAGACAUCGAAGAAACUGUUCUCAAGAGGUCAUAAAGGUAAGGACAAAAAAGCUGAUCACGACCAUCUGCAAUCACCGGACACCUCAUUUGACGCCAAUCCUGUCGGACGUGAAAGAUCGCGAUCCUGGACCAAGAAGCUGUUUGGCUUUCGCAGUAGAAGUAGAAGCAAAAACCGAGAUAAGCCAAAGGAUAGAGAGAACAGGAGUCGAUCUGUGUCACCUCCAGGAGGAUUGUUUUCCAGAUCAAGGAGGUCCAGUCCACCUCUCCCUCCACCCACGACAAAAAAGGAUCCUUUGGGUAAACAAAAGAAAGAUGCUGGGAGAAAAGACCCGGUUUAUGAAGACGUUGAAAAACCAAUAUUCAAUGAAACCAAAUUUCUCUCACAAACAUUGCCAUCUACUUUUAAAUCAAGUGAUCUAUCCACACAGAUGAAAAACUAUGUAGAAAGAAACAACAACAACAAAUUUGGUGCGUUAGCAACAAAAGAUGAAGACAUGAGGACUGAAGUGGCGACAAAUGAAAUAAAUUUUCAACAAACUGAAGAUGGCAGUUCAAUAGAACAAGAUGAAUCUUGCAGUGAGAAUGCUGAUUUGGAUCAUGAAGAGAAGGAAUAUGAAAUUGAUAUUGAAGGUGUAAGUUUGUUCACUGACGAUGAUGAUGUGACGGAAUCUCAUGUUUAUGCGGGUGUGGAUACAUCCCUUGCAAACAGGCCACCUUCCCCGAAACGUGAAAAACAACCUAACACUAGCACCGUGAUAACAGCUGAAUAUGAGGAGCGUAAAGCCGUCAAAGAUAACUUGCCAACGAAAUCUCCUUAUAAACCUCCUGUUCCAAAAAAGCCCACUUUCCUGAAGUCUGUCGGUACCCACAGUAGACAACAACAAGAAACUAUGGACGAACUUAAACAGAAAAUUAGCAAAGAAAGAAUGGAAACGUCACCAUUAAUAACUGAGGAUCUUGACUCUGACACUGAAGGUAAAGCCAUUGAGGACAGUAACGUUUUGCUAUCGCCUGGUCCACCAAAUUUUAAGGCUGUACCACCUCCGCUGGCAGUACAAGCCAGUUCAAGCCUUGCUGAGAAGGACGACUAUAGUACAGCACCACAUUGUCCCAAUUCACCGGGCCCUCCUAGAUUCAAACCUCCCCCACCGCCUUUAUCUUUGAAGCCAGUUACUGUACAGAAUGUUACCACAGAAGAUGAAACAUCAGAUUCUCCCGUAUCCCCGGGUCCUCCUAAUUUUAAGCCAGCACCCCCGCCCAUAGAUUUGCUCGUUCAAAACAAGAGCAUCGAUUGUGGAAACGAAGACCUGCCAAGAACAACUGGUGCACCUACUGCCAAACCUUUACCUCCAAUUCCUGUUCUCGGUAAAAGUAAAAAACAAGAGGACGUAUUUCCAGCGGAACAGAGUGCUGCAGAGGACACUUAUGAUGUAGUUGCGCCAGCACUGCACAAUGAAGAGCCUCGAAAAACCAAACCGUUACCUCCAGUCCCUACUGACCUGAACCUGAACCUGAACCUGAACACUACUGGUAACGCCUACAAGCUUACAAUUUCAAGACAGAACGCUCAGGAAGUUGACAAAAAUGAAGAUUUUAAUAACCCUGAGAUAUGGGAACAAAACACUGAUCCAUCACCUUCACAAAUUCUCCUGAAUGAAUACAAUGAUUAUCCACAGUUGUCACAAGGAGCAGAACUAGUUUUUACACAGAAUGUCAGUCAUGAGGUGAAUGCACAUAGUACCGACGACUUCGAUAGUUCAGACGUUUCCUCUGAAUGGGAAGAUACUUGCAGUUCGACUCAAGAAUAUUCGGGCCAACCUUUGCCUGGUAAUAAAGUGGCUAGAAGUGCUAGUUUCUCUGCUGGAGACGUUCCUAUGCAGCGUCCCUCUAUUAUUGAUGAGGAGACGAAGCGAUCAACUCCUGUUACCAAGCGUCCCCCUCCUUUUUUCCGUAGAAGGUCGUCCUCUUUACCUCAGCUUCUUGCCGACUCACUCACAAGUGAAGCGUCUGGAGGAAAAGUUGGGCAGGCGGAUUACUGGCACACCGGAAACCUUCAGCAGCUUAUCGACAGCAGGAACCAGGAGGAGGAUGUUGAGGAAGGAGUACUAGAGGUGCAGGUGAGUAUCGCUGUUGUAAAGGUUCAAUUUGUCACAAAAAGUAAUCUUUGCUGUUACGUGGAUCGAAAUCUUAUUUUCAAAAAGUUAACAGGAAUGGAAGAAGGAGUGACAGGGUAAUGGAUGGAAGGAGUGAAUUUUGGGUCGAAACAACAACUCGAAAAUGGCUUUUAACCAUUUCCGAGUUUAAAGUAGGGAUUGGUUUAAGUAAUUUCUUUCUUGUGUUGUGAACGUGGAAAAUGCUUGGUGUGUGAUAAAGCAAAAUGUUUAAUGACGGACACUAACUUUGUUCAAUCUUUUAAAUCAGCAAUGCGAAGAUAGCUAAUUUAUUUAUUUUUCCUUGAUUACAGCUUCUUAAAGAACAGAAAUCUAUUGGCUUAAUGGUCGUGGGAGGUCUAGACACCCAUCUAGGCAUGCUGUAUAUAAAAAAUAUUCAGCCCAACUCUCCAGCCGCCAACUGCAACCGACUCAGAGUUGGAGACCAACUGUUACAGGUCAACGAUAAUUGUCUUGUGGGAGUAACUCAUAGUGAGGCUUUGAACAUUCUUAAGAACACACCACCCCUGGUGAAACUCACUGUGGCAAGAAAGAAGGAUAAUGGAAGUGAUAAUAUUGAACUAGUGGCAGAGGGAAGGCGUGUACCAGAUGCUGAAGAACCUAUCGUCUCCUCCGCCCGUGAAUCGAGCACAAUUUCAAAGACUGCGUCAGAUCUGCCCCUAAGCCCACCUCUUGACAGGGGCCAACGCCCUAAGUCAUUGAUAAGCCUUUCGUCCUUUGGGGCGUCAUUUAAUAAUGAUUCCUCUCCGGUCUCUCCAUGUGGUUCGUUUGAUGAUUCUGAUGACUACAUCCCCGCCUACAUGGAGCCAGAGAGCCCGACACUGACUCUUCGUCAGGAUGACGUUCCUGUGACUAUUAUUGAUGGUAUUCCUGGUGAGUAUGACUCCACGACAACCGAGGAUGAAGAGGAAGUCAAACCUGUCACUAAGAGCGUUACUUGGGCGGUCAGCAGUGACGACGCUAAGGUGUUUACCGUAGAACUCUUGAAAAAUGGCCGUGCAGGCUUGGGACUGAGUGUCACUGGGGGAGUGGACACACCUCAUGAUGACAUCAUGGUGAGUAUCAAUGUCGUUCCUAGUAUCACCCCUCUCAUCUCGCACUUUCUUGUUUCUUACUCGAAAACUUUUGUUGGCCAAUCUGAAUAACACGUUAACCUUUGUUCGUUGCUUCCUCAUGAACGCCUUGUUUAUUAUAAUUCUGUAUUCUCGCGUAUGGGUUUCUAAUUCCCCCUUAACAGCCUUAUCGUUCUCCUUCUUUUUUCCUUGGCACUUCUGGUUCUUCUUUUCCUACAGCACUCCUUCCUCUUCAUCUCCUUAUUUUUCUCGUUACUGUGUUCCCUUCCUCACGCCCGCCUUCUAUCGACCUUUUUCCUUACUCCACUCUUUUCUCUAUCUCCUUUUGCAGAGUGUGACACUUUACCGUCUUAAUUCAUUCCUUCCCUCUUCCGUUAUUCCCUGUCUCGGUGCGAGUGACGUGCUGGUGGGCGCCGGCUAGAGCUAGAGCUAGAGCUUGAGCUUAAAAAGCCUUGUCGUUGUCACUCUUUGUUACACGGUGGACUGUCAAUGAGAUUAUUAAAUUUUUUGAAACCUUAGAGUGCUUUAAGUUAGCUCUAUAAGCCAUGUGGUAAUAAAAUCGUGAGCUCUUUCCGACCGUCUCUUUUUUUUAGGUGCGGCAAAUUCUCUCCAACAGUGUCACAGCUGACAAUGGACAUAUCAAGAAGGGAGAUAUCCUAUUGUCUGUCAACGGCAAGUCCUUCAAAGGAUUGACAAAUUUAGAAGCCUUAACUCUUCUCAAAAACACUCCUGAGCGGGUUACUCUUGUAGUAAGCCGGCCAUUAGGACACAGACAACAAUCUAAAGCGAUGACUCUUCUUCGAAACAAAAGUCCUAACAAAGAAAUUACUUCUGAUUCCGAUGCUUGGCCUACGAAGGAAGAAUUGACUAAGAAGAAAAACAUGGCCAACUCAAACAAUACCACACCGCCAACUCUAGAGAAAAUUCCAUUAGAUGUGGUGAAACAUAAUGGAGAACACUCCACCUUCGAUCGUCUAAAGAAGAGAUUCUUCUCCAAUGGUGGACCGAUAAGACUGCAAAAAGUGCCUCAUGGGCCCUCUGUGACCGAAUUAACGCUCGAAAAGGGGGCCUCUGGAUUAGGGUUCUCUUUGGGUGGGGGUCAGGAUUCGCUCUAUGGUGAUGCUCCGAUUCAUGUGAGGUAUGUGUUCAAGGAAAGCGUGGCCGGGCGGAGUGGUGCUCUGAAGCCUGGGGACGAAAUCAUUGAAGUGAAUGGACAAAAGGUUGCAUACAUGGCGAAUGUGGAUGUACUUGAGCUGAUUAGAAAAUUGCCAUACGGACCCGUAGUUAUGAAGAUAAGACGGAAAUAACACAAGGCGUGGCUGUUAUUUAUUUACACAGCUGGCCAAUCGUACCACGAAUGCGGGAAAGGAUCAAACAAACCGCACGGUCAGAAAUUACAAGACGCGCCUAGUGCGCGAAAAGAGAAGAAUCCUUGUUCACAAUUGAACUCAACAACAUUAUUUAAUUGAUUGCCAAAAUUAAUCUGAAAUACCAUAAGUUUACCUCACCUCGCUUGCUGUUUGGUCCAGAAAACUCCCGCCAACCUCUCAAACAAUUAGAUUCAAAACGAAAACCAACUUGUUUUGCUCGUGUUUUAUUCGUGCUUUAUGCUGCACAUGCCUUCCACAAGGUUUAUGGCACUGUUCACCUUAAUCUGAUUGGUAGUUUUGAUAGCGUAUGAUUUGGUUCACCACACUCCAUUGAAAAGCAAUCUAUUUCAGAACCUGAUUGGCUGGGAAACGUUCUGGCUUUGAUUGAUUCCAGCAGUUCAGAUAUUUUUAACCAAACACUAAGCUUACCUAUAUCGCACCUAAGUGGGUGCAUAUGCACGUCGUUGCUGGUAGGUUGUUUGGGUGAAACGUUUUGCCGUGACAUUAGAGUAAGAGGUAAAAUUCUACUGCAUUUCGUACUGAAAAUCUAAUUGAUACAAAGUCAACAAUUUAUUUGUUUUACUGUAAUUUAAAUGUUGACUUUCGCUGAUUCCAAUUAAAAAUUUACCAUAUGAGAUUUUCGUAAUUUUUAUUGUCUUAACUACACGAUAGGACUAAUUUCAAUUGUAUAUACUUUCUGAGAGAAGCGCCCAACCAUAUGCAAUCAGAUGGAUACAUGUCAACGUGCUUUUGAAAGAAAAGGUAGCACUUUUUAUAUCAGCUUUCAAAGCAUUAGUUAUAAUUUAUUCGGACAAAAGUGUUACCUCGUUAUUUCAUCGGUCAUUUCAGUAAUAAUAUAAUCAGUGAGAGAGAAAUUUAUAUUAUGAUCAACUAAGGGUUUGUGCUGGGUACAAGCAUUUCAUCUGUGUCAAAUAUUGUACAUCUUAUCAAUGAAUAGCUGUAAAUAAAAUUAUUUAAUUUUUUUAGAUUUUGUACACGUGAUUAUGGUUGUAUUCCUUUAGGAGGCUGAUCUAGCCUGACAUCCUAACUGUGAUUCUUCCAGGAUGAGCAAGGGAAAAAUUUCCCUUGACGAAAGAGUUUUUCAUUCAGCCUGAGCUUAUCUCCCUUGCCAGGUUACCCC